GGAGGGGCCGGUACCGUGCUGUGCUAAGGUCUUGGGAUGACCCACUCGACUUGGCGGCUGGUUGCGUGUGCCUGGGCCUCGGGCUUGCAUCGCCCCACCCUGUGCUAUACACGGGAAGGAGGUGUAGAGCUGUAGCGGUGCUCCAGGGUCUGGAGAGAACCCCGAGCCCCAAGACUGGCAUGACCUUCAGCAGGGACGGGGCACCGGCUGGGUGUAGAGGGUUCCUCGGCCUCUGUGGUGCUGGAGUCUGCCCUCCUGUCAUCCUGCCUUCUGUGCUUCAGAGUAAGGCAGCAGUGAGUACCUGGAGCCUAAAUAACUGUUGUGAACGGGUACGUGUUCCCCCUUGCAGAUCUGUGUCUGCCCUCCAGCAGUGUGUUGUGUCCAUCUGUUCUUGCUUCUCCUCUUGAAUCUCUUAGAUGGGGUCAUCCACACAGAUUGUAGACCAUGGACACGGGUUCCAAGGAAACGUGACCUGGGCCCUGCUUGCCACGUUGGCGCUGCAGAAGUCUUGUGGGCAAAGGACACUUCUUGUCAGUGCUUGUCAGGUCUGUCUUGGCGUCAGCCUGCAACAGGGGCUGAAGAUGCCAUCUCUUCUCCGCCAAGCGGGGCAUGAGGAUCCACCCACUGCCCUUUGGUGGGGGAAUGCCUUGCCUGGGCUACCCUGGAGCUGUGCAAAGCAGCGUCCCAUCCUCAGGAGGGACACAUAUGGCCUUCGGUAAGGCUGAGCAUUCUGGCUCCAGGUCCAGAUGCUCCUUCCCUGCCACCAGCCUCGGUGCCCGAUGUCCAAAGGGCCCGGUUGUCACCUCUGCUUGGCAGUGGUGUAGUACUGCAGGGGUCAAUCUCCACUGCCAUUGCCAUGCAUAGCCCUCCUUAUCUCGCUGCCUUCCAGGCUAAUGGCGACAGCUCGCACAGGCUGCAGAUAAAGGUGCAAUUGCUGCCAAGCAGUAAAUUAUGUCUGCUGCCCUGCACUGCUCCACUGGCCUGGCCUCAACUGCCUCAGCUGGGCAGUGGGAGUAGGAGUGAGAAGAGCAGCAUCUCCUGAUCUGCUGCUUUGCUUGCCUUGGUUUUCCCUCGCAGAGCUUCCUGCCUCUGCCAGCUCACCCCUUGUAGAAUCUUUCCAUGAUUCCUGUCUUCACUGGUCCCCUGGGAGGAAGGAACACAGCCCGGGAGGCUCUGUGUAUAAUUUUGCAUCAGGGUGCUAGUUGAGGGGGUGGAGGAAGGGGUAGCUCUGCCCCCCUAAGUUGCCUUCACUCUCCCUCCUUGCACGUGGCUUUCCAGUAGUUUUUUGGGCUGGGCAGCGAUUGGUUCCGACACUUGUCUUGGGUCACAGAGUGACUCUUGGCCCCCGAUACCAUUUGCCAAUAGCAAAUGUGAGCAGGGUUCAAGCAGUGCCAGGCUCAGCCUCGUGUUCCUGUCCCAGUGCAUCCCAUCUCCAUCUUAUUUACAGUGGGAAGAAGGUGGCUUCCAGUUUUCUUUCCCUCUGUGUUAGCAGCAUGUUGCACAGCAGCCACAGCCCCAUCCACCUGUGCAUGGAGGAGCAGGGUCUGCCUUUGGCACCAUGGCCCCCACCUCAGCGGGCUGGGACAGGGCUGGCUAACUCCCUGUUUGUCCCCGAACCGCAGGUCGGAGUGCCAGACGAGAGGGGCUGUGUCUCUGCUCCCUGCCCGGGGCCUGCCCUGCCCUCCGCCGGCGAUGGAGUAUGUGGAUAUGAACAAGCUGAGCUGUGGGAAGAAGACGCGGGUGGAAGGUGGCCAGCUGGGGGGUGAUGAAUGGACCCGCCACGGCAGCUUUGUCAAUAAGCCCACCCGUGGCUGGCUGCAUCCUGAUGACAAGGUCAUGGGCUCCGGGGUCUCCUACCACGUCCGGUACAUGGGCUGUGUGGAAGUGCUCCAGUCCAUGAGGGCUCUGGAUUUCAACACCAGGACACAGGUGACCAGGGAGGCCAUUGGGCUGGUAUGUGAGGCUGUGCCUGGUGCCAAGGGAGCCGUGAGGAGACGGAAGCCCUGCAGCCGCUCCCUGAACUCCAUCCUGGGCAAGAGCAACCUGAAGUUUGCAGGCAUGCCCAUCACCCUGACCAUCUCCACCAGCAGCCUCAACCUCAUGGCCUCAGACUGCAAGCAGAUCAUUGCCAACCACCACAUGCAGUCUAUAUCCUUCGCAUCAGGGGGAGACCCGGACACAGCCGAAUAUGUUGCCUAUGUUGCCAAAGACCCCGUCAAUCAGAGAGCCUGCCAUAUCCUGGAGUGUCCUGAAGGCUUGGCACAGGAUGUGAUCAGCACCAUUGGGCAGGCCUUUGAGCUGCGUUUCAAGCAGUACCUGAAGAACCCUCCAAAGCUGGUGACUCCGCACGACAGAAUGGCAGGGUUUGAUGGCUCUGCCUGGGAUGAGGAAGAGGAGGAACCAGCCCCAGAUCACCAGUACUACAACGACUUCCCUGGCAAGGAGCCUCCCAUUGGGGGGGUCGUGGACAUGCGGCUGCAGGAUGGGGCUGCUCAGACCCCAAAUCACUUGGGUGCCACGCUGCCUGUCGGCCAGUCAUCCGGUGGGGAGUAUGACCCCCAGAAGCAGCAUGCUCCUGCCCAAGGGAGAGAGAAAUACCCAGCUCCAGCAGGCACAUCUGGCCGCACAGACCUGUUUGAUGACCCAUCUUACGUCAACGUGCAGAACAUAGACAAGACACGCCAAGCUUCAGCUGCCAGCAACCCAGGCACAGCCAAUGGCAGCACACAGAGGGACCUUUUUGACAUGAAGCCCUUUGAAGAUGCCCUGCGUGUGCCCCCGUCUGUGCCUGUGGGGCUGCCCCCUGCCCAGGUGGUGGCCUCCAUGGAGGAGCAGCUGAGACGGGAGCCCUGGUACCAUGGGAAAAUGAACCGCAAGGAGGCUGAGAAGCUGCUGAAGGUGAACGGAGACUUUCUGGUGCGGGAGAGCACCACCACCCCGGGCCAGUAUGUGCUGACUGGUUUGCAGGGUGGACAGCCCAAGCAUUUGCUGCUUGUCGAUCCCGAGGGAGUGGUGCGGACAAAAGAUCAUCGUUUUGAGAGUGUCAGCCACCUCAUCAGCUACCACAUGGACAAUCACCUGCCCAUCAUCUCGGCCGGCAGUGAGAUGUGCCUGCAGCAGCCAGUGGAGAGGAGACUGUGAGCGCCUGGGGACCCCAGUGCACAGCACCCCCAAUGCGCAGCCCUCUGGCCGUGUUCCAUGCCCCAGGGAGCCCUCAGACUCUUCUAGGUGCUCCAACCAGGACUGAGCAUGGACUUGGCUGAGGACAGGGCCUCUCUUCACCACAUGGAGCUGGUGGCCAUGGGGGGCUCAGGCUGUGAGUGCCUGCAGGGUGGGGAACUGUUCUUGCAAAACCCCUGCCCCUCCAGCUCCAGCCUUUGCAGAGCAGCUCAGCUCCUACCAAAACCCAGCCCUGCUGUCGUGCCACAGCCAUUCUUGUGCUCACCAGCACGGGCUCAGACUGGCAGGGCUGAGUCCCCCUGAGCCAGAGGCAGCCUGUCCUUACCUCUGGCCCCUGGGCCAAGGAGGGGGCCUCUGGGGGGCUCUGCUCCUCCAAGCACGAGGCCCUCGACUGUACCGGAUCACUUUAUGUGUUAACUCUGUGCCUUGACCCCGCAGGUCCCACACUCUUAUGCAAGAGCAGGGGCUGGUUACAGAGCCUCCCCCGUGCUCCCAGCACCCUGUACCCCAUCCGUGACAUGCUUGUGCUCCAGGAUAUGUGCCACCAAGUCCCCUUCCUCCCUGCCCGUCCCGGCUGGGCACGGGCAGC